UUUUUAUUUUCAUAUCUUUUUCAUGUUCCUUUUUUCUUGUGGUUUAUUAAAUUUUCCAUAAUCCCAAACCCCUUUUGUCUACAAACCAUGUUCUCUAUAUCUUUUUAUCUUUCUUUCUUUUUUUUAUUGUUCCAGAUCCCAUUAGACCAACUAUGAGGCUAUUUCAAUCUACAAGGAGACAUGUUUUUCUCAUAAUACUUUUUGUGCCCAUUUUAGCUGGAUAUUCAAACCCCAUUGCAGUAAAAUUGAAGGCCACUGCUGUUCUCACCUGUAAUGAGACAUGUAAUGGAGCUGUUUUAUGGACAAAUAACCGUGAAAACCUUGAGGUUUUAAAAUGUGUCCAAGAGCGUUGUACUGAAGGAGAUGGCUUUAAGAACAGAGUAAGUCUUUCAGCUGAAAAGAUCAAGCAUGGAACCCUGUCUCUCACCAUACAUCCAUCCCUGUACAAUGAUGAAGGCUGGUACGAGGCUUAUUGUGAUUCAGCAUUUGUCUGUAGAGUCUACUUGGACGUUUUUGUACCCAACACUGUGAAUGCCUCAAUUGGAGACAACAUCACAUUAUCCUGCUAUGCACGUACAGAGAAGAAUAUUGCUGAUAAUGAUGUAAACAUCCUGUGGAAAAAAGAAGAUCAAAUAGUUUUGCAAGUUAAAAAUGGGAUGACACACAAUGGUUCAGGCUUUGCAGGCAGGGCCUCCGCUUCAGUAAAUCACUACAGGGAGGGAGAUCUUUCCCUUACCAUACUCAGGGUCACCCUAGCAGAUAAGGGGUUAUACCGGUGCUAUCACAAAACAGAAGAGGAACAUGGGCAUCCCGGAGCCAUCACGCUCAACAUUAAAGCUCACCAACAUUUUCUUCAUAAAAAGUCUGCUGAUGAUCUCACCCUGAACCUGUUCAGCUCAGACCCAGUCACGGUAACUUUCAACAAGUCAAAGGCAGCUGAGAUGCUUGUCUGCAGUGUGAAGAGAGGCAAAGCUACAUGCAGCCCCGGCUACAAUGACCGAGUGUCCGUCAUUAAUUACUCUCUUGUGCUGUAUGGGUUGACAGCAUCUGAUUGUGGGACAUUUACUGUGAAAGACCAGAUGGGUGAAGUCAUUAGUGUCAACAUAGUCACUGUGGAGGGGCUCGCCCAAAGACAUCACUUCAUAGCUAUGUUCGUACCAGCUGGUUUUGUUCUCUUUUGCAUUUGCCUUAUCGCCACACACUUUUGGUGUCGAUAUCAAAGAAUGAUGCCGACACCGCAAAGGGACCUUUUACUGCAAAUCAGUCCAGCAUCGUAUAGUGAGCCUGAAGAGAUUGGAUUGUCAGAGCAGGAGACCGGCCAAAACAAUAUUUCAGUGCAGCCUCUCAUUCCUCAUGCUCCAAUAGAGGAGACCACACCUUUGAUGCCUGUGAUGACCACUGAGAAGCAGGACAACACUGCAGAGGAGAGAUCUACACAUCCAUUAAUUUAUGAGGACCAAGAGGGGGAGAAACAAAGUUAAACAGCAUAGGAAUGCUUUAAUGAAAAUUAUGAACUGCUUAAGUUUUCUCUUCUGCUGUUCUAUUGCAACAUUUGGGCAACUGGGGUCUGUGAACAAAAAUACCGAACCAAAAAGGGCUCCAUGGUUGAACCCUAUGCUCUGGUACAUUAUUUUUAAGGGCUUUCUUGGGGUACUGCUUAACUGUGCCAAUGAACAAUAUAUGAAUCUUCAAGAAAAUAUAUUAUAUUUUUAGCUGAGAUCAGCAGUAGUCAACAAUAGGUAUGCUGGUCCACUUUAGCAUAGGUUUCAUGCAUAUAAAGUGGAAUUAAAGUAUUUAAUUUAAUCAGGGUUUCCGCAGGUUUUAAAAAGUCUUAAUUCGCCCUCCUGUAAAUUAAGGCCUUAAAAAGGUAUUAAAUCGGUUAUGUUAUGCAACAGUGUUGUACAUUUUGUCUUAAAAUGUGUACCUGACAUGACAAGUAAUUUCGUAAUGACACAUGACAUGCUAAAUGACAUCUUACGAAUGGGAUAUGCUACAUGGAAUUUCUACAAAAAGCAAAAAUGUGGUUAAAUCAUGAAAAAACUUUAUCUAAAAUCAAAUAUAUAUUUUUUCACAAACUAUUAGCCUAUAGAUUUAAGUGUAGAAGAUUAGAUAAAAGAUUAUAGGUUUUAUGUACUGCCCUUCAAAAGCUACAUAACACAAAAUUACUCUUAUUUACACAAGUCAUCCUGUUAGACUGCUAAAUAUGAAUUGAACAGUAUAAUAGUCUUCUUCUGUAUUUGUAGAGGAAUAUAGCUGAUACGGCGGGUCUGAUCAGAAGAAAAAUUAAUUUCCACAUUCUAGUGGUUGGUAGCAGAGGUAUUCAAGCCUUAUGGUACUUUUUGUAAAAUGUGUUAAUGGAGAUCUAUUGAAAGUGGCAUUUUUAAACUUUGAAGUGUUCCCUAGGCAUUUACAUUUAGAGAACAUAUUGACACAUAGUGUUCCCUUCAGUUGAUUUUAUUUAGUUGGUCUUAAAAAUGUUUUUAAAAAGUCUUAAAUUUAGCUUCAUAAAAUCUGCAGAAAUCCUGUUUAUUGUAUUCAGGUAAAUACGUUUAAAAUACAGUCAUUAAAGUAAUUGAAUGUUGAAAACCAAACAAACUUAAGAAAUCACACCAAUACUCAGGUUGCGACUGCCUUCCAGAUAGAAUUACUGGCAAAAUUACCAAACUGGCAUUAAUGUGAUUUUACUUGUUUACAAAUUAAUUAAUUAAUGGCUCAGGUAGAACGUUAUUGUUCCUUAUAUGACAUAUGAAAUCACUAGGGUCAAACCACUUACUGUAGUAAUGCCUAAAGAUCCAAAAUGGUGAGUCAGCAAGGCUGUUAUACGAGCCAAAAAUGAAACCAUCUCUGAUGAUUUCAGAUGUGCUCAACCGAAGACCUAACCUUUUUCCUGUGCCUUUUCUCAUUAAGCAUUACAGUACACUGCACUUAUUUUCUUUACCUUUUGAUGUGUUGCACUUUUCUUUUUUUCCUUCUUUAAGUGUGAUUCAUUUGCAUUUAUAUUAGUUUAAUUUAAUAUUUAAAAAUACUUUAUAUGACUGUGUAUUUUUUAUUAGCUUUGAAAUAACUAUAUUGACAUGAAUGCAAGUGUGACGACAUCUGGCAAGAAAAUUCAAAAACAUUUGCAGAAGGUAAAAAAACAAACAAAUAUAUUUGAAAGUCACUUUUUGUUUUUCAUUUUUUUCACUGUUUUGGAAUUCUGCCAAAAUCUUGGUGUACAUUAAAGUAGUAUUACAUUGUUUAUUGUAAAUUGGCUUCAACAGUUUAUUACAUUACAAUUUUCCAUUCUCCUUUGGAACCGAGUUCAUGUUGCUUAAUGUAACAGGAUUUUAAAAUUGCUGUUUUUGUGUACAAGGCUUUAUCUGGUGUCGCAUCAAAAUACAUUAGUGACCUUCUGAUUCCUUACUCUCCCCAAAGCGCACUAUGUUGAAGUUUUCUUAAUGUAUUUUAUUUAAUGUGUUUAUAUUUUGUAUGUUGCAUGUUUUCCUUUAAUGCUUUCUUUUUAUAUGCUCGUUUUAUUGUACAGCACUUUGGUGAAUCUCUGUUAAAUGUGCUAUAGAAAUAAAUUUU